AUGGGGCGGAGAAAGUUGGAGAUGAAGCGAAUCGAAGACAAGAAUAGCAGACAAGUAACGUUUUCAAAGCGGAGAUCAGGGUUGAACAAGAAAGCACGGCAGCUUUCCAUUCUCUGCGAUGUCGACGUCGCCGUCGUCGUCUUCUCCUCCAGUGGCAAGCUCUAUGAACACUGCAGCGGCGGUACAAACAGUGUGGAGGUUAUGGUUUCCAGGUAUCAUAAAAGCUGCCUUGAGGCAGAAGAGAGAAGCACCCAAGAAGGGGCUUCCCAAGAUAAUAUGGAAAUUACCAACACCUGUACAAGAUUCCAAACAUGCAAUGAGCUUCUAAAGUCAGUAAGAAGGGUUGAUGAAGAGGGAGAUAAGGUAUCUGUGAGUGAGAUGACAGAGUUAGAGGAGGAACUUAGUGCUGCUCUUAUGCAUACACGUUCUAGAAAGACACAGGUAAUGAUGGAGCGCAUAUCAAGCUUUCAUGAACAGGAAAGGAAAUUAAGCGAGGAAAAGAAAGAACUGAAGCAGCAGUUGCAGGUGGCAAACCAGACAGAUGAUGUUGAGGAUGGUGGUGGAGGAGGUGGUCUCGGGGAGACUGCAGCUAACGAAGGACUAAAAAAAGGGUGUGUGACAUGUUGGGGCGAAUUCAUCUGGUUAGUUGCAAGGCCGUUCAGACCUCCAACCCCAUCUGAAUCUGAAUCUCUACACCAAUCUGCUGAUGAGGAGGUUAUGGGAAUAUCAUAUGAUGUCAUCUUAACGACCUUGCAAUUAACCGGGUGAAUUAGCCCCAACAUGUACCAGAUCGACCUUAUCAACAACAAUCCAGUAAUAUCGUAUCGUCUAUCACCAUUUUUUUAUUUUCAGAUUAUGCACAUGAAUGUUUGUUUAGAUUAACCGAGUGUCACAACCAUCCACAUAGGACCAGACACAACUUCCCGUGCAGAACCAGAGGACCUUUUUUUUUUUUUUUUUUUUUUUUUUGUGUGUGUUCAUACUUGAUAAUAUGUUGGUUGGCGAGUUUUUAUGAGGCAGAUUUCCCUAAUCCAAAGAGAACACUUCUCAAAGUCAAAACCACCAUGACAUUCCAGAUUCCACAUAUUUUGAUAUUUGAUUCGAUAAUUGUUCUUUCCUUUUAAAUCUCAUAUGAACUGAACAAGUAGCAGCAGACAAAAAAGAUCACCUUUCUCAGCUCAGCUACCCGUGUUUGCACUUACUCUUCAACAAGCAAAGCCUGCAUGUACAAUUAAAGAGUUGGAUUUUGCUGCUAAUUCAUCUAUUAUACUGGAGACCUGAGUGAACCAAUUUACAUCAUCUUGCUGACCUUAUUUAUAGAAGCCCUUUACGUCUUCUAAACCAUGUUCACUGCAGGAAAAAUUCCAGUUGCAACCAAGAAUUCAAUGUAAUGGUUGAGAUGCAUAAUUACAUACCACAAUAACAAUAUAGGUGUGGUAAAUGGUAAUAACUUUAUUCCCUGAAGCAUGCAUGAGAUACCUGGCUUAAGACCAUUUCUCUAGUCUCUACCUAUUAUUAAAAAUCGGAAAAUCAUAUUGAAUACAUCACAUACAGAAUGAUAAAGACACCUGUUACCGCCAUUGUGGGAUUCAUAGAGCUUGCCGCAGGCGGAGAAUACAACGACGGCCACAUCAACGUCACAUAGCACGGAAAGCUGCCGGGGUUUCUUAAUUUCGAAAAUCCUUAUCUUCGAUCCGCUCAUUUGUAUCAUCUUCCGCCCCAUUGUUUGUCUUUCCCGACGAACUCUAACCCUAACUUUUCAACUUCCGAUGGCCUGAAUCCAUCUUUACUCUGGCGUGUGUGGACUGUGGAGUCCA